AUGAUUCAAAACCAUGCUCUCCUAGCCAAGUGGUGGUGGAGGUUUUAUAAAGAUAGCGAUUCACUAUGGGUGAAGGUGGUCAAAAGUAAAUACAAGUUGGAACAAAGGUGUUGGUUACCUCGGUUGCCAUCUUCUGUUCUUCAGGAGGGCUUCAGAGUAGUUGUUCAUUCCGAUCAGGACAUCUCCUUUUGGAAUCAAGUUUGGCUAGGUGACACAACCCUCAAGGAGGAGUUCCCUCGAUUAUACCUAAUCUCUACUCAAAAAGAGAAGGUGAUCAGGGAUUUAAAAGAUGCAAGUGAUGGUGGCAGAUGGAACUUGUUCUUCCAGAGAAGUUUGAGAGAUUGGGAAGCUCAACAAUUUGAUGAUUUACUCAUGCAUUUGCAGCCAGUGAUUUUGGAUCAAUCCAGAUGUGAUAUGGUGUGUUGGAGAUGGGCAUCUGAUAACUGCUUCUCCCUUAAAUCAGUUUAUAAUAAAUGGGAACAAAUGGGUUUUUCAAGCAAUCUGGUGAUGGGUUCAAUCUGGAAGAAUAUUUGUCGCCCAAAAGUGGAAAUAUUUGCGUGGCUAGCACUGCAGGAUCAAGUGGCAUCAAGGUCAGUUCUCCUCUCUAGAAACUUGAUUCCUAUGGGCCAAUCGGUGAUGUGCCCCCGCUACUCAUUUCUGUUAGAAACGCCUGAGCAUCUUUUCCUUCAUUGGAAUGGUUUCAAAAACUUGGAGAGGUAUAUGUGGGAAACAUCUUUCCAUGCUACAAUUUGGUCUUUAUGGUUGGUCCGGAAUGAUCUUGUGUUCAACAAUGCUACAUGGCAAGUGGAGGAUCUUGGGGAGUUAAUUAAAACUAGAGUAGCAAUGUGGAUUAAGGUGAAGUUUGAUAUUAAGGUGCACUCGGUGGAGGACUUUAUAUCUUGA